AUGCCUGAAAAAUGUUCCGGAUGUAAUAAAAAAAGAAGUCUUAUAUAUGGAAAUGGAGACAUGUGUACUAAUUGUUAUUCCGCACAAUUUCAAUUUGUUAAUAGUGGAAAUCUAAAUAUUGAUAAUUUAAUUAAAUCAACAUAUGGAAAUAACCUUAAAAAUAGGCUAGAGUGGAUUCCCUUUGAAGAAUUUACAGAUAUCCAGCGAGUUACGGAAGGUGGAUUUAGUACAAUAUUUACGGCUUUAUGGGUAAAAGGAAGAAUCACAGGUUAUUCUAAAGUAGGAUUUGAUCGAGCAGGUUCCGAAAAAAUUAUAUUAAAAGUUCUUAAAGACUCUAAAAAUAUUGAUUCGGCAUUUAUAAAGGAGGUAGAGUAG